UUCUUCUUCCUUGCUUGACUUUUCAGUCUGUUCUCACGGAAGAGGAAAUAAUCUGCUUGAAACUGGAGCUCAGCAUGUAAAGCGACAUCGGCGAAAUGAUGUUAAUCUUUCUGAUUCUAGUGGGAAUUCAAGGUUCUACCGCAGUGACCCACUCUCUGAAGUAUUUCUACACGGCAUCUUCAGGAAUAGAAAACUUCCCAUCAUACGUCUCUGUUGGGUUGGUGGAUGAAGUUCAGAUAAGUUACUGUGACAGCAGAACAAAUGAAAAUAUUCCUAAACAGGAUUGGAUGAAUAAAGUGAAUUCAAAACAUCCAAAUUACUGGGAGGAGGAAACAGAGACAUGUUGGGUUAAACAGCGAUUCCUCAAAGGCAACCUAGAAAUUGCUAAACAUCGUUUCAACCAGACUGGAGGAGAACACAUAUAUCAGCAGAUGUAUGGCUGUGAGUGGGACGAUGAGACCGGAGAGGUCAAAGGUUAUGAUGAGUUUGGUUAUGAUGGAGAAGAUUUAAUUAUACUGGACUCAAAUACACAACAAUGGAUCGCUCCAAGAACACAAGCUGUCAUCACAGCAAACAGAUGGAACAAUGAUAGAAAUGAUUUAGAACAUGAGAAUGAGUACUUAACUCAGACAUGUGUUGAGUGGCUGAGGAAAUAUGUCAACUAUGGGAGGAGAUCACUGAUGAGAACAGAUCUUCCAUCAGUGUCUCUCCUCCAGAAAUCUCCAUCCUCUCCAGUCAGUUGCUUCGCUACAGGUUUCUACCCCAACAGAGCAGAAAUGUUCUGGAGGAAAGAUGGAGAGGAGAUUCAUGAUGGUGUGGAAAAAGGAGAGAUCAAGCCCAACAAUGAUGGAACCUUCCAGAUGAGCGUUAACAUCGAUCUGUCAUCUGUUGCAACUGAAGACUGGAACAAGUAUGAAUGUGUGUUUCAGCUCUCUGGAGUCAAUGACAUCACCAAUAGACUGGAGAAAACAAGAAUCUUGACCAAUGAAUCAAAUAUCCCCAUUGUGAUCAUCACCUUUGUUCUUUUUGUGACUGUCCUCGGUCUCAUUGCUGUGAUUGGAUUCAUUCUUUACAACCAGAAGAACAACGCCAGGCGUCCACCUUCUCCUGUGGUGAACGGUCGGCCUCCAGAAGAAACCAGAUUCCUUCGACAAGCAUGAAAAAACCAAAACAGGUCAACACCAAGAAGUGAGUUGAUGAAUGUUGAACAAAGCAAACAUAUAGAAAAUAAUUAAGUAAAAGUAUGUGCAAGAACAAAGAAUAAAUAAAUAAAGAAUAAAGAAAAAGGAAAAAACACUGAGUCUUAUUAUUUGGCUCUCUGAUUUCCCUCUUCUCCCUUGAUCCUCUGCCUCGGCAUUAACUCACCGGCAAUGAAAUGUCAUCUAAAAACACAGAAUAUAUUUUAUUGAACUAUUUGAAUUAGUUUAUAUGUAUUGCCAACUGUUGCUCCAUUGAUAUCUGUUAUGUAAGUAGAUCUAGACAUUGUGAGGUGCUGAUUUUUUCCUAUGUUUCAGUUAAUCUGUAUUGUUUUCUUGGCGAUAGUCAGGGCCACAAGCAGGAGUUUGGGUCUGAUCGAGUUCAUGUUCAGUUCAUCCAGAUUACCAAGUAAACAGACAGAGGGGAUUGUGGGAUGUUGUGGCCAGAGAUUUGAGACAGUUUGGUGAUUAUUUCUUUCCAGAAGUUUAGUUUUGGUGGACAGAGCCAGAAUGGUUGGAGCUGGUCAUCAGCUGUAUUUAGUGAACUGUGUGUGUAAAUGUCUGAGUCUGUAAGGCUCUUUAUGUGCAUCCUGGGCUCUGUGAUUUGUUUUCUAUGGAUUAUUUUAUAUUGUAUCAAUGAUAUCUUGGAGUUGUUGGAUAUGCUGAAAAUAUUAUGGCAGACAUUAUUCCAAAAUUGAUUAUCUGUGUGGAUAGUAUGAUCUUUUCCCAUUUAGUGAUCAGAAUUUGAGGUGCAUUAUUGGUAGAAGAUUUUAGUUUGUUUAGGUUUGAGAGUGUUUUUGUAGACUCUGUGAUUUUGUUGAUGCUGUCAAAUAGGGACGGUUGUCCUAGGUGAAAGUUAUUGAUGUCUAUUUUUGAUUUGACGGCUUGCUUUAAUUGAUUAUAUUGAAAAAACUGCUUCCUGUUUAAAAAUGUUAAAAAGAAAAACACCCAGAAAGGAAAACAAAAACUCAAAGCAAGUUUCUUACAGCUGAAAAAUCAAAACAAAAAGAAAAUGAAAAGGAGACAAAAAUCAUUUAAAUUUUGAGCCAUUUCUGUGUUUGGAUUUAUCUUUGGGUCACUUGGAAUUUAGUCUUAAACAGACAAGUUUUGAUUUUUUCUCAGCUUUCUGUAAAUUUACCUGUUUAGUUAAAUGUGUUUAAUUCCAACAUUUCUUUGUAAAUAAAUCUUUGUUUUAUUCUCUCUGUCGAUUCAUCAAUAGUCUAAACUGACACAAGAAAUGUGUUGCUGAAAUGUUACUGUUGUUAAAACUGGAUGUUAUGAAUCCAGUUUUAAAAUUGAGGAACAUUAACAAUAACUGGUUCAAAUGCCUGUGAUGGACUGGUGACCAGUCCAUGGUGGCUCCGCCUCUCACCUGUUGGUGGUACCAGCACCUUCCUGACCUCACAAGGGAUAAGCAGAUAAGCUUGUUGGAUAAUGAAUGCUUUAUCCAACUGUGUGUUACAUUCUGAUGGGUAAUGAUGCCACUUGAUAAAAUGCAGUGUUUUAAUUGUUGAUUGAGUUUUUUAUGACUUUGUAUUUUUGUGUAUUUAUAAAGCAAAGCACUUUGAACUGCCUUGUUGCUGAAAUGUACAAAUAAACUGUUUCAAAUACUGUUAAAUGAAGUAGUUUUGACAUUUUUGUCUAGAAAAGUGUUGCCAUUGUUUUGGGUUCUGUAAAUAAUAAUAAACUUUUUAUUCAAACAAUAA